GAGAAUUAAAUCAUCCAUCGUCUACGUCGCUCGCCCAAUACUCCUCCGUCCUGGAAUUACUUCGCCCCCUUUGAAUGCUUCGCCACAAGGCAACGAAUUUCAUACUUCCCUUCUCCCAUUAUAUACCUUCCUCUCGACCUCUCUCUAUAUCUCCCUUUCUCAGGCAGAAUAUCAUACGGCUGUGAAAAUGGCGGAGACCCGCAAUCACGACGACUUAGACCAGCUGCUCGACAGUGCUCUCGAUGAUUUCCAGAGUCUCAAUUUUGCGGCUCCAGCCUCACAACAGCGAAGUGGUGGUGGCGAUGAAGAGAAGAUGAAGGUUGAAGGGUUUGGUGAUUUGCCAGCUGGGGUUCAGGGUUUGGGGAUGGGAUUGCCCGACUUGAAGAAGGGCAAGAAGAAAGGGAAACAGAAGGCGGCGGGGGAUUCUUCUACUGGUCAUGUGGCGGAGGCGCUUGACAAACUUAGGGAGCAGACCAAGGAGGCUGUGAAAGGAAUGGAGUCUGUUACUACCACUUCAAGAGGUGAUGAAAAUAAGGAUGUUGCAAUGGAGGAUUGGGUUAAGCAGUUCGAGGAGCUCGCCUCUAAUCAGGACAUGGAAUCUCUGGUGGAGUCCAUGAUGCAGCAGCUGCUGUCAAAGGAGAUUCUUCAUGAACCCAUGAAGGAAAUCGAAGGGAGAUAUCCAACAUGGUUAAAGGACCAUGAAACUAGUUUGAGCACGACAGAAUACGAACGUUACUCCCAACAGUAUGAACUCAUAAAAGUUCUGAACCAGGUUUAUGAGAACGACCCCAAUAACUACACCAAGAUUACCGAUCUCAUGCAAAAGAUGCAAGAGUGUGGACAGCCACCUGAUGAAAUCGUCCGGGAACUCGCUCCUGAUCUUGAUUUGGCUAGCCUUGGUCAAAUAACACCGGAGAUGCUCGAGUCCCAGCAAAACUGUAGCGUAAUGUGAAGGAAGACAGACACCUUUGCUUAUUUUGCAGAACAUCUUCACAUCUUGUUCAACUCUUUAUUACUUUUAAGUGAAACAUUCAUCUAGACAAGGCAGCCUGGUCUGGCACCGUACAAUACGAAAACACACAAAGGAACGUGAUUGAUUCAGUUGUCAGCAAUGCGAUCUUCAGUGUUCUGUAUCAACAAUCUCAAGAAACCACAUGUAAAGCAAGCAAACCACAAGAACUCUGUAUAACACAAAACUUCUCUUUUGUAUGUUCCUCUUAAUACCGGUCUUCCGCGUUUGAGAGUAUGAUUUGUAAGACUUGAUUGAGUGUGAACUUCGAAAGAAUGAAUGAAUCGCGUGCUACAGAUAGACAGGAAGGAAGAAGAAUGACUUCUAGAGCAAGUAAAGCAUCAGGUGGAUG